AUUUAUUUAGAAGAAGAUUGUGUUAACAUAAUAUUUUUAAUUCAGAAGGGGUGUACUGAAAAUGAAGUUUUGAAUGAAAGUGUUUAUUUUUUUCUAAGAGGAAACAUGUAUCCCAAAUCAUUCCUAUUACUUUCAAUAGCCUUUACUUUAAUCGCAAAAAGUGAUGGAGGGCCACAAGUUGUUAAUGGUUUGAUAACCCUAUUGGUUGGAAUCGGUAACGAGCUCAACAGGAUAUUCGGAAUUUUUAGAGGCAGACCGGACUUCAACACAUGGUACGUUACAAAUACGUGGAAAUUGAAAGAAGUUGCAGAAGAUGAAUAUGAUUUUAUAAUAGUGGGUUCUGGAUCAGCUGGAUCUGUCCUGGCCAAUAGAUUAUCAGAAGAGAAGAAAUGGAAAAUUCUUAUAUUGGAAAUAGGUGGUCCAGAAACGGCAUUUAUGGGCGUACCCAUUCUAGCUCCAGCUUUUCAAAUGACCCAAUACAACUGGAGAUACUUUAUGGAACUCCAAAAUGGUCUUUUCUAUGGUCUUAAUGAUGCCAAAAUGCAUUGGCCCAGAGGUAGAGCUUUAGGAGGCUCAAGUGUCAUCAAUUACAUGAUUUAUACUAGAGGCAAUAAGUGGGACUAUGAUCGAUGGGCUGCUAAUGGAAAUCCAGGCUGGUCCUAUAAAGAAGUCCUGCCGUACUUUAUAAAAUCAGAAAACGGCACUAAUCUUCAAGAUAUUGUCUCUGAAGUUCACGGUACAAAGGGUCCACUAUCUGUUGAGAACAUUUACGGAGCACAGCUAUUAGAUGCAUUUCUUGAAGCUGGACCAAUGGUCAAUUUGCCUGUUAUUGACUAUAACGCCAAUAAGGAAUCAGUGGGUGUUGGCCGCAUGCAAGCAACCGUCAAAAAAGGCCGUAGAUUUAGUGCGGCAACAGCUUACCUAUGGCCAGUCAGGAAUCGGCCUAAUUUGGAUAUUAUAAUUAAAGCCUACGUUACCAAACUACUUAUAAAUACUACAACUAAAACAGCUUAUGGUGUUCAAUAUACCAAAAAUGGCAGAACGUAUACAUCCAAAGCUACAAAAGAAGUUAUUUUGUCAGCUGGUACUUUCAAUUCGCCACAGCUAUUGAUGUUAGCAGGAAUAGGGCCAAAAAAGCAUUUGGAAAACUUAGGAAUUAAAGUUUUAAAAGAUUUACCUGUAGGUCAGAAUUUGCACGAUCAUUUGACAUUCCCAGGACUAUCUUUUCUGAUAGAUCAACCUAUCGAUUUAUCUCCUGAAAUAUUUUUACCAAGAAUAGACGAGUAUUUAAAAAAAGGAACUGGUCCUUUGACAUCUUUAUCAGGCCCAGAAGGUAUAGGAUACGUUAAAACCGCCUUGGCUGAUUACAAAGAAGACUAUCCUGAUAUUGAGUUGAUCUUUGUUGAUGGCACUUUGGCUAGUGACUUAGGAUUAUUUACUUACAGAGGUAUGAACAUCAGGGAUGAUGUAUUCAACAGUGUAUUUUCACCUUUGUUGAACUUUCAUGCAUGGACGAUAUUUCCUAUGCUUCUACAUCCUAAAUCAAUAGGCCAUAUGGAGCUACGUUCAAAAAACCCCUACGAUUAUCCACGAUUUUAUGGCAACUUUUUCUCAGACCCCAACGAUCAUGAUUUAGACACUUUUGUGGAAUCCAUUAGAGUUAUCCAAAGAUUCUCGAACACUACAGCUUUCCAAAAAUACGCAUCGAAACUAAAUCCUAAACCAAUGAAGGGUUGUGGUCACUUAACCUUUGAUAGCGACAGCUAUUGGAAAUGUUGCAUAAAAGCCAUUGCAGUUACACUGCACCAUCAAGUCGGUACAGUCAAAAUGGGCCCCAAAGGAGAUCCGACGGCAGUGGUCAACCCAAAUCUUCAAGUGUACGGCAUUCAAAAUUUGAGAGUAGCAGAUUGUAGUAUAAUUCCCAUGGCUUUAGGAGCUCAUACUAAUGCCCCGUCAAUGAUGGUGGGUGAAAAAGCUAGUGACAUUAUCAAAGAAUUUUGGACCUAAUGUAAUAUAACAACUAAGUUGUAGAA